AUGAUUGAAAGACGUUGCGCUCCUACAAACCACGAGGCUGACGUUGUAACCCCGAUCGGUUGCCUGCUGUUGUGCGGUAAGCUUGGGACAUCGACGAGUGAUCAAGACGGCGUGGGAUUUGCUGAAGGUUGGAAGGGUCAGCAAGGUACUGUACAUGUCACUGGAGAUGGAGAGUGCCAGCAAGGUACUGCAAAUGUUGCUGGAGGUGGCGAGUGCCAACAAGGUACUGCAAAUGUUGCUGGAAGUGGCGAGUGCCAGCAAGGUACUGCAAAUGUUGCUGGAGGUGGCGAGUGCCAGCAAGGUACUGCAAAUGUUGCUGGAGGUGGCGAGUGCCAGCAAGGUACUGCAAAUGUUGCUGGAAGUGGCGAGUGCCAGCAAGGUACUGUAAAUGUUGCUGGAGGUGGCGAGUGCCAGCAAGGUACUGCAAAUGUUGCUGGAAAUGGCGAGUGCCAGCAAGGUACUGCAAAUGUUGCUGGAAGUGGCGAGUGCCAACAAGGUACUGUGAAUGUUGCUGGAGGUGACGAGUGCCAGCAAGGUACUGUGAAUGUUGCUGGAGGUGGCAAGUGCCAGCAAGAUACUGUAAAUGUUCCUUGA